AUGUUGCUGUUGGUGUAUGACUACAUACGCAACGGCAACCUACGCGACCAUGUGGGCACCUGGGGAUACAUCAAUUACGAGUGCUACACAAGCACCAACUUCACCUGCGAGUCUGACAUGUAUGCCUUCGGCGUCUUGGUGCUAGAGGUAGUCUACGGUCGACCCCAGUUGCACAAGGGCGCCUCCGGGUUCCAUAUGUUGGUUGACUGGUUGUCGAACCUCCAUGGUGAGGGGCGGUUGCUAGAGGUUGUGGACCAGCGGUUGGGCGGGGAGUGCGUAGAACAGGACGCGGAGUGGCUACCGCGGUUGGGCCUCGUGUCCAACCACCCAAACCGGAGUCUGUGCCCCACUACUUAG